AUGAAUAAAUUUUCCCUCACGUUGCUCGUCGGGGCAUUAAACAAAUUUUCCGUAAACGGAGACGAAGAUUGGGAAUACGAGGAAAUAAUAUUAGAAAGAGGAGGUGCCGGAUUGGGUUUCAGCAUCGCCGGCGGAACGGAUAAUCCUCACAUAGGGGAUGAUUCUGGAAUAUACAUAACGAAACUCAUAUCUGGCGGAGCUGCUGCCGCGGACGGUCGGCUACGGGUAAACGAUACCAUACUUCAAGUAAACGAUGUUUCCGUUAUGGAUGUGCCUCAUGCCACCGCCGUCGAAGCUCUUAAAAAAGCCGGAAAUCAAGUUAGAUUGUACAUAAGGAGAAAAAGAUGUCCGGGAAGUUUAAAAUUGGCCGAAAUAGAAUUACACAAGGGAGCAACAGGGUUAGGGUUCAGCAUCGCUGGAGGAAUCGGAAAUCAACACAUACCCGGAGACAAUGGAAUAUACGUGACGAAAAUAAUGGACGGAGGUGCGGCACAAUUAGACGGUCGUUUAUUAGUCGGAGAUAAAUUAGUGGCACACGGCGAUAAAAAUUUAGAAAACGUAACUCACGAAGAAGCGGUGGCGGCGCUUAAAGCAACUCAGGAAAGGGUCGUGUUAAUCGUUGGAAAACAGGAUUCCGCACUUAUCCCGCCGCCACCCACAGUAUCGAGUCCCUUACCACGUAAGUGGAAAUCUGUGAAUGAAAACCUUAGUACGUAG